AAUGAUUCACAGCUCAAGAAGUUUGUGGAAGUGUUGUCUAUCACGUGAUCUGCAGUGCAAUCAAUGCAAGUGAUGUCUGGUGUGGGAGACAUGGGUUCGGACAGUGCCUCGGAUGGUGUGGUGCAGAGGGGCUGCCCUUUCUGUGCCAUCGCUAACAAGCAUUCAUCCAAUGAAACCACACUUUUAUAUGAAGAUAACAAUUAUGUGGUAAUCCAAGACAUCCGCGAGGCUGUCGAUAACCACUACUUACUUAUCACUAAAAAACACAUUAAGCCGUGUAUAUAG